CUCAGGUUUAGGCUCAACGUCUCGUUGGGUCUGAUGAGCGACAUCCUCUGCGCGGCACUGACCAGAGACACUCCUCGGCUCGACAUUAGGGGAGCCACUUGUCAGUCCUUGCAGCCACCAAAACUCCUGGGGACUGGCGUUGACACCCUAAUGUGUUGCGGCACCCAGUUUGGAAAGCCCUGCCCUGUACAUAUUUCGGACAAAUGGACUGGAUAUAACCUGGAUGUGUUUUCCCUACCCAACCACUACUGUGACGAUCUAGAAUGUGUCUUCAUACCACAUGGAGUCAUAGUGGACAGGAUAGAAAGAUUGGCCAAUGAUAUUAUGAAGGACAUUGGAGACAACCAAAUCACCGUCUUGUGUGUGCUGAAAGGAGGCUACAAAUUCUGUGCUGAUCUCGUAGAACAAAUCAAGAACCUCAGCCGCAACUCAGAAAGGUUUAUCUCUAUGAGAGUAGACUUUAUCAGGCUAAGAAGUUACUGUAAUGACAAGUCUACAGAAGACCUGCAGAUAAUCGGUGGGGAGGACCUGUCAAAAUUGACUGGAAAGAAUGUCCUGAUAGUAGAGGAUGUUGUAGGAACUGGCAGAACAAUGGAAGUUCUCCUAAGUCACUUGGAAGAGUACAAACCAAAAAUGGUGAAAGUUGCAAGCUUGUUGGUGAAACGAUCGGCAAAUAAUAAAUACAGACCUGACUAUAUCGGAUUUGAGAUUCCCAAUAUAUUUGUGGUGGGUUACGCUCUGGACUACAAUGAACACUUCAGAGACCUUCAUCAUAUAUGUGUCAUCAAUGAAAAAGGCAAAGAAAAGUAUAAGGUGUAAUGACCGGUCUCCAUCUUCAGUGCUCCACAUUUGUAAAAGGACAAAGAAAAAUUGGACCUUAAUAAACUGGAAUGAAUCUGGAAAUGGUGGCAGGAUACUUUCUAUACAGUUUUAUGUACAUUUUUGUACUUCUAGUUGAACAAGGUAUUAAAAGUGAACUGUAAUUUUCAGCAUCUUUAUUGAGUUUCAAUGUAGUAUGUCCAGGAUUUGUGCAAAAAAAUAAAAUAAAAAAAUCUUAAGUUCAGCUGGUUAUAUUUAGGGGAUGUCUCAGGAUAGACAUUGGUGGUCUAUUACUAGGCUAGGACAUCAAUGUUCUAUCGGUAAAAUGAAAUGACAAUGACCAUUGGAGAUGACAGGAGAUAAAGGAACAAGUCUACUUCCAGCGUUCUUUAGAGGUUGUAUAGACAGACCAUAAGAAUCAUUGGCCCACAGUGGAAAUAUAAUUUUUUUAAUGAUGGCUGGAGAACAUCCAGGUUCUGCAGCUAAAAUACAAUUCUGUGUAGAAGACAUUGGUGGACAAGGAUGAGAAGAUAAGACAAGUGGACGGCUACUGUUGUGUAUCUCAUGGAGCAUAUAAAGAAAAAAUGUAGGAGAACAAAAAAGUACCUGGACCUGAUAAAGGAGGGGGAGCCCUCAGAAACGUGUUGUCCGCUACUCUUCUGUAUAUAUCUUUAUUGAAAUAAAAGGUUUAUAGAGAACUAAAAAUAAA